AUGUUCCAGAAUGAUAUGCUCCGCAUUCAUCCAAAACUCGAAUAUUUCUUAAUGAACCGAACUCGUUGUGUAUUAGAAAAACCAUUCACUGACAUAUUUACAAAUUCAUCAAACCAAUCAUUAUCCUACAACAAUAAGACACUAGAGACGACAGUUCAAUGUGUUGGACCUGUCUACAAUCAAUCAUGUCUAUAUCAGAAUCUAUAUUAUAUUAACAGUGUAUUUACGAUGCUACUAGUAAAAGGAAGAUCUUUGCCAACACAUUCUGUACGAACAAAUGCUUUUUACUUGUGGCCGCUAGUGCCAAAUAAACGCGAAUUUAAUACAUACGCUGAUCUCGAAUCAUUCGUUCUUCGUAUUAUCAGUCCAAAACGAUUUCCUCAUGUUACACUUUACUUUAGUCAAUCUUGGCAUCACAAUAUUGGACACGCUCUUUUUGAUGGACUCUAUCCAGCAUAUGUUGCAAUGGUUCGUUUUCCACCUCGACAUCUUCAUCCAUUUCGUAUCCUAGCCGGUAUUGAUGAUUGCAACGAUUGUUGGAGUGAAGAUAUUUACAGUCGUUUUGCUGGUCUCGGAAUUCUUAAACAACGAGUUCUCAAUAAACUAUCCCAAGAUCAAUGGUUUGUAUUCGAUGAAAUGGUUAUGGGCAGUGGAGCUAUGUGUCAACGUUGUACGCGACCUAAUCUACAAUUACCUGGCGGUGUUGAACUAGAUGCAUCAAGAUUAUUUCGUGAUCGUAUGUAUCGACAACAUGGUUUCGUUCCUUUGAUUCGUCGACAUAAAUCUUCAUCAGAAUAUCGAACACCAAAUGAUAUUCUACAAGCAUAUGUGAUCGAUAACAAACGUUUCACCCCGAAUGAUCGGAAGGAAAUGACUGAUGCUAUGAAUGAAAUUAAUAACUACACUUAUUCAAACAUGAAUCAAACAAGACGUAAUUCGAGUGCGUUAAAAUGGCCACUGAUCAAUGUAACAUAUAUAUAUUAUCAUAUGAUCAAAGCACAAAACAUGAGUGCACUAGUAGUCAACACUACUGCAGCUGAUUCACGAUCACCGACCUAUGAAAUAUUGGAUAAUAAUUUCAUAGCACAAUUAAAAAUUCUUCGUCAAAUGGAUAUUCAUAUCACUGGUCCAGGAACAGGUCAAAUGUAUCAGACCUUCUUAUCUGAUGGAAGUGUUACGAUUAAUAUUGGAGGGAUAAGACCAUGGGCUUCUGAAGGUACACCGAGAGCCUACACAUCUUUUCUUGAGCAACAUAUGACAGGUGGCACACCGUAUAUCAAAGGUCUUUAUUAUCCUAUUAAUAAACGACAGAGUGGCAUGAAAAAAGAAGACUUAGUACAAUUAAUUCGUCAAGCAGGUGAACAGAUUAUUCAAGGUUUUCAAUUACCCGUCAAUCCUCGAGAGAAUUUAGCCCCCGACGGACAGUUAUUCGUUGAAAUGUGCGAGAAAGAUCCAGCAUUUUGUGAUUCAGUAACGACAAGAUUACCAGAUCGGAAAUUUAUGUGUUUAGAGUUUUGGGUUGAAGAUUUUGUUCAUGAGUAUAAUCAAUGGAAAGAAGGAGGUUUCGUAGAUAAUGGUCAUAAUAUCAGUUGUUCAUUUAAUCGUACAUUAUUACGCGAAUUAAGAAAAAAGUAUGGUAUUAUACACAGUUUAUACGAUUUGCCGAAAGUUCCUCCUUCACCAUGA